UUUGGAAAUACAAUAGUCUGAAACUAUUAGCGACACAGAGGGAAAACCGGAAUUAUUAGUUCAACUUCUAUAUUUGGAACAGAGAGGAGUAUUUUGGGGAGAGAGUUCCCCCUGGAAUAGUUUGACAAAUGGUAUGGUCUAAAGCGGCUCGGCUGAGAGUCUGGAGUCUGGAGCUGGAGGAGGGACGCCGGCAGUCUGGCUGUUUAGCGAGGGGAAAGGAAGCAAAAGUCGGCUUCACCACAGCAGAGACAUCACCUGUGUGUUCCCGCUUUGUCAUGUCCAUGUACAAAGGCAGGCGUCGCAACCAGAGAUAUAUCAACAUGGCAGGAGAGCCAAAACCAUACAGGCCUAAGUUGGGCUCCAAGAGGCCUCUCUCGUCCCUCUACAGUGGCUACGAGUUUGACUAUGACUACUACAGAGAUGAUUUCUACAGCAGACUCUUUGAGUACCAUGGUCGUGUUGUGCCCGCGACCCGUGCUGUGAUCCCCAUCAAACGUUCGCGGCUAGUCGUCCCGUCCACACGCAGAGCCAAAUCCUCCCUUCCAGUCAGGGCCUGCUCCUCCUCCUCCUCUUCCUCCUCCUCUUCCUCCUCCCGAGCGCUCAAUGUCGGCUCCAUCACAGUCCCUAAACUGAAGACAGACCAGCUCCUCACAAUCAAGAAGGAGCUGUCACAGAUCAAGACCAAGAUUGACUCACUGCUGGGAAGACUGGAGAAGAUUGAGAGGCAACAUCGCUUUGACAGCGACAUGCAGAGGAAACAAGAGGAGGUGUGUGUGUGUCUCCAUGGUGACGCAGCAGACCACUCUUGUGGAGAGGAGGCGGAGGGGACAGCCGAGGUGGAGGCGGGGGAGAUGACGGACGGUGGCGAAGAGAAUUUUGAAGAUGAAGGCACCAGUGAAAUGAUAGAGAAUCACAUAUCAGACAUUGACAACUGAGUAAGGUUGGUGGGGGGCUACAGUAUAAGAAGAUGGGAGGACAGAUACCAGUAAAACCUUUUUGAUCAAGAAGAUGUAUUUGAAAUUAAACGAAAGCAACGAAAGGAGUGGCUGACAGCAGAGGAAGAGUUUUUUUGCUUGUUUGCCUCAUUAGAACAUGACACUUGUGUGUACUUUAUCGAAAUGCUGGUUAUCAAUAUUCUCCAGACUACUGCAAAAUCAACUGCAAAGAGCAAUCAAUAAUUUCCCUUCAAGCUGAUUGCCCUUCUGAAAAAACAGGACAUUGUGUGCUUAAUAUAUUAUGGUCUGUAUUGUGCAUAGAAAUACGGUUAUGUUCAUCAGUCAAAUGAACCAUAACACCCUCUUUUGCCGUUUGUUCCGUUUCUGUGCAUUGAAAACUGUGAAGAGCAUUGACGUUGGCAGAGAGCUAAAUCUGAAUGAAUGUAACACUUGAUAAUUAUGUGAGUUUGCUUAAUUCGUACAUUUUUGCUAGUAUGUAAUUUAUUCACAUUGUCUGCACACAGUGUUGUGUAUGCAUAUCAUGUUUGUCGUUUGAAUAUGUAUUUUGAGUUCUGUUUACAUUUUGUUUAUGGUAAACAAAAGAUUAGAAGAGGCAAUUUUUUAUUAUCCGCAUGUUAAAAAUGUGGCUAUUAUGGAUCAUUUUUAUUAAUUGCAUCUGUUACAGCUAUGGAUAGCUACAGCUAUGGAUGAUAAAUAAACCCGUUAAUCCCCAGAAAAGAAGAAAACAA